CUAUAAAAUUGCAGACCAAGUGUUCGACGUAUUGCCUCUGCACCUUCCUUGCACAUUAUUCCAGUUUCUUCAGUUCUUCGAAUAAAUGGCGAUUAGAUCACUCCUGAAAUCUCUCAGCGCCAAACACUUCUCCUCUCAAUCAAUCGCCGUUCAUCAGACAGUAUCGAACCCGCCUUCCCCACACCUCGUCAACGAUCUCUCGCGCAUUCUCAGCGACUACAGAAAGCCCCAACACGACGUCGAAUCAGCUCUCGCCCCAUUCGCUUCGCAGCUCUCGCCAACCCUAGUCGAGCACGUCUUGAAGAGGUGCAAGAAUCUCGGAUUCUCCGCCCACAGAUUCUUCCUCUGGGCACAGAGCGUCGCCGGUUUUCAACACAGCAGAGACAGUUACCACAUUCUCGUGGAUAUCUUAGGUAGCAGCAGACAGUUCCCGUUUCUGUGGGAUUUUCUAACGGAGACGAAGCGGACCGAAUCUUGCGAGAUCAGCCGAGAAAUUUUCUGGAUUGUAUUUAGGGCUUACAGUAGAGCUAAUUUACCAAGUGAUGCCAUCAGGGCUUUUAAUAAGAUGUUGGAUUAUGGGAUUACGCCAUGCGUGGAUGACCUCGAUCAGCUUCUGUACACCUUGUGUAAGAGGAAACACGUGAAGCAAGCUCAGGAAUUCUUCGACCAAGUUAAGGGCGGUGAACUAAUCCCAACUGUGAAAUCUUACAGCAUCUUGAUGAAAGGUUGGGGGGAGAUAGGAGAUUCUGGUGAAGCGCAGAAACUGUUUGACGAAAUGCUCGAAAGAGAAUACACGGUCGAUUUGCUCGCUUGGAAUAGCGUACUCGACGCACUCUGUAAAGGAGGGAAGGUGGACGAAGCGUAUGAGUUGUUUCAAGGGAUGAGGACCAAAGGGCUCGAACCAGAUGCUUACUCGUACUCGAUUUUCAUACGUGCUUCUUGCAGUGAAAAUGAUAUCCAUUCGGCUUUUCGGGUGCUGGAUUCGAUGAAAAGGUGCAAUCUUGCCCCGAAUGUGUUCACCUACAAUUGCAUAAUCAAGAGCCUCUGCAAGAACAACAAAAUCGACGAGGCGUACGAGCUGCUCGACGAAAUGCUCGAGAGAGGUGUAAAACCGGACACAUGGAGUUACAACACUGUGCUAGCCUUCCACUGCGACCACAACGAAGUCAACACGGCUCUGAAGCUGAUUUUGAGGAUGGACAAAGACGGGUGCGAAAGAGACAGGCAUACGUACAACAUGGUGCUGAAAAUGCUGAUACGGAUAGGGCGAUUCGAUCGGAUGGAGAAAGUUUGGUACUCGAUGGAGAAGAAGGGGUUUUAUCCGACUGUUUCGACUUAUGCUGUAAUGAUACACGGGCUUUGUAAGAAGAGAGGGAAGCUUGAGGAAGCUUCUAGAUAUUUCGAGAUGAUGAUCGAUGAAGGGAUUCCGCCUUAUACGGAAACGUGUGAAGUCUUGAGGAAUAAGCUUAUUGGAUUUCGAUUUGCAGAGAGAACCGAUAUUCUUGCGGAUAAGAUGGAGAGAAGCAGUUCUGAGUCGAUUCGAGAGGCCGCGAGUGUGAUGAGAGGGAAUAGGGGUUCUGUGAGAUUGAGAAAGGAAGAAGAGUUUUCUGAAGGUGGUGAGUGGUGAUGAGUGAGUUUUUUGAAAUGUAGGGGCAUUUUUGCCAUGAGAUGUAUAAUUUGAUGGUGGACUUUGUCAAUUU